AUGGGAGAGUCGCGUCCGACGGCUGAAGAUGAUGAUGAGGACGAGGAGGCGCCUGUUCGUCAAAUCAAGACCCAGCCGCGAGGGGACGAUGGCUACGUUCCUGGCUCUAUCGUUCGCAUUAAGCUGCACAAUUUCGUCACAUACGACGAUGUCGAGUUUCGCCCUGGCCCUUACCUCAACAUGAUUCUUGGUCCCAAUGGGACGGGAAAGAGUAGUAUCGCCUGCGCGAUCUGUUUGGGUCUCAACUGGCCUCCUACCGUUCUGGGACGCGCUGCGGACGUGCCCUCCUUCGUCAAGAUGGACGCCGACAGUGGUUUCAUUGAAAUCGAGUUGAAAGGCUCGAAAGGAGAGGACAAUGUCGUCAUCCGCAGGGUCAUUCACAGGAACAGCAGAGUGACGACUUUCACCUUGAACGGUAAAUCCAGCACAGGAAAGGACGUCAAUGCGAAGAUGGAAGAGCUGAACGUGCAAGUUGGCAAUCUAUGCUCCUUCCUGCCGCAAGACAAGGUGUCCGAAUUCGCGGCCAUGUCGCCACAGCAGUUGUUGCGUGAGACCCAACGUGCAGCCGGCGAUAAGAGCCUCUCAAAGUGGCACGCAACGCUCAUCGAACACGGGAAGACGCUCAACGGAGUGCAAGCUAAAUUGAACGAGGAGAUCACGCAGCUGAACCAGAUGAAGGAGCGCAACGAAGCCAUCGAACGCGACGUUCAACGCUUCUUGGAACGCAAGCAAAUCGAAGAUGCUAUUGCUCUCCUCAAAGUCCUCAUCCCGACUCGGAUCUACGACGAGAUGCGUACAGCGUUCCAGAAAAUCAAGCUACAACAGCGUCAACAGCACAAGCUGGUUUCUUUGCUCAAGGAGAAGAACGCUCCCGCGCACGCCAAGUUGAAGUACUUAGAGGCAAAGCAUGCGGCAAUGGAGCAGUCGAGGAACAGACAGAAGAAAACAAUCAUCGAUCUCUUCACCAAGCUCGCUGACCUGUCGAAGCAGAGCGAGAAAUACUACGACGAGGCCGAGGAGAUCAAUCGUCGGAUGGACGACGCGGAGAAGGAUGAGAAGAACAGGAUCAACAGGAUACGGGGUCUCGAAAACGAUAUCGCUAAGAUUAAGGAGAAGCUUGAAGAGGAGGUCAAGAUCGAGGACGAGAAAGAGCUCGAGGCCGAAAGGCGACAAGUCGCCGAACGCAUGCGUGUUGCGAGGGAAGCCAUGGGCGUCUUGCAAGACAGGAUGAGGGAGGUUGCGAACCAGAAGGCGCAUCUUAACCAUCGCAUUCAGCGGCUUCAGGAGGAGCUGAAUGGUCUGGCUCAGUACGAGAACAGGCAGCUGUCGCGCCUUCAUCAGUCGGAUAAGGACGCUGCCGACGCCGUUGUGUGGCUCAGGCGGAACCGGGACAAGUUCCAGAUGGAGGUCAUCGAGCCUGCCUUCAUCUCCGUAUCGGUGGUCAAGGAGUACAAUGGUCGUCCCACUCCUGCGUCGAUUGCAGAUGCUGUCGAGGCAUGCAUUACUGGAUAUAUGCCCAGAAUGUUCGUUGCGCAGUGCCAGGAGGAUGCGGAUACGCUCAACCACUGGGUCAACGAUACCGACCAAGCACUUGGGAGAAGGGCGAGCAUUGCCGUCUGGUACAAGCCACAAGAUCAACUCUCCCCGCCGCCCGUGCCGUCGGAACAGCUAUCUGCGCUGGGCUUCGAGGGGUAUGCGCUUGAUUUCGUCAAGUGCCCGGAACCGAUGCGCUGGUUCCUGUCCAGUAAUGCUGGCAUGCACGCAAUCGCCAUAUCCUUGUCCGAGCAACGCACCGAUGUGAGCCAGAUGACGGAUAUCGUCGGCAACUGCGGUGGAGGGUCGUUCAUCGUAGAUCACACGCGGCACUCAAUCUCGAAGUCACGCUACGGUAGAAGGACGGUGACGUCCUCGACGUACACUUUCGGGAGGGCGAAUAUCUUCGCAGUUGAUGCGCAAGCGCCGUCAGUCGACGAGGGUGUCCGCGGCCGGCUGAUCUCUGGGAUGCAGGAGGCGCAGAAGGAGGUUGAGAUGCUCGACGAGCAGAUCAGGGAGGUCGAGGCCGAGAUUGCCACUGCGAACGGCAAGGGGAGAGAGUUGAACGCCGAGAUGGAUGCAGUUAAGAAGCGAGCCGACGUGAUCAAGCAGACCAAGAACAAGCAGGCCCAGCUGAAGUCACAACUUCAGACCAAACGUGACCGGCUCCGGACGACUCAGAACGAGCAGCCCAUCGAGGAGAAGCGUGCCAAGCUCAAGAAGGAUUUGCUCGAGCUGGGCACGAGGCGCAUCAAGCUGACCAAGGAAAUCAUUGAUCUCGCCCGUACAAUUCGCGACGAACAAACGAAGAACACGAUGACCGGCAUCAAGCACCUGCAGCUCGCCGCGAACAAGGAGGCGCUGGAGAAGCUCUUCAAAGAGAAGGACGACAAGUAUCAGAAGGCAUUGGCGAAGUUCGCGGAACUCGAUAAGCAGUAUCAGAACGACAAGGUUCAGACGAAGGCUGCGCUCGACGCUAGCCACGCCGCGCUGGGCGAUUGCGAGCCGGAUAUACGCGCGCAGUACGAGGAGAUCCAGCGCAAGCGUGCUGAGUACAAGGCGGCUGUCGAGCAGGCGAAGAAGGAAGGCAGGGAUGAGCCUGAGCCGCCUGAGGACAUGGACCAGCGAACGGCGGAGGAUCUGCAAACUGAGCUGGACAAUGAAGAGGCUAAGCUCGAGCUCAACAGCAAUAACAACCCUGGUGUGGUGGAGCAGUACGAGGCUCGCAAGCGUCAGAUCGAGGUGCUCGAGCGGACCAUCGAGAAGGAGCAGCGGGAAGCGGCCGGUCUGGAGAAGAAGAUCAAGCGCGCUCAGGAUAAUUGGAAGCCCGCGCUCGAGAAGCUCGUGUCAAGUAUCGGCAAGAAGUUCUCCGCAACCUUCGAUCGUAUUGGCUGCGCGGGCGAGGUUCGCAUACGCGAGGAUCCCGACUACGAGAAGUGGGCCAUCGACAUCCUCGUCAAAUUCCGCGACAGCGAGAAGCUUCAGUUGCUGACUGCGCAGCGACAGUCGGGUGGCGAACGCUCGCUCACAACCAUCCUCUACCUCAUGAGUUUGACGGAAGAGGCGCGGGCUCCCUUCUCCCUUGUCGAUGAAAUCAACCAGGGCAUGGACCAACGUGCCGAGCGCAUGGUGCACAACUCGAUGGUGGAGGUUACAUGCAAGCCGGAGAGCGCACAGUACUUUCUCAUCACGCCUAAACUGCUGCCCGACCUCAAGUACCACGAGCGCAUGAAGAUCCUCUGCGUCAACAAUGGCGAAUGGUUGCCCGAGGACACGUCGGCAGGUGGCAACAUGAACGACAUGAUCACCAGGUUCUUGCGCCACCGCAACAAGAAUGCGAAUGCUGCGUAG